AUGGCGGAUUGUGGUUCUGAAAUAGACAAUACAUCUUGCAAUGAUUGCGGAAUAAAUAAUUCUGGUGGUAUAACGACAACAAUGAUAAAUGGACGCGUACCUUGCCAGCAUAAAUUGAAUAAUAAUUCUGGUGUUGGUUUAGGAGGAGGUGGAAGAGAUGGAGGUGAAGGUGGAGAAGGUGUUAUUGGUGGUGAUCCCAUAGGACAGGGUCCACGCUGCGUUACAAUUUAUAAAACAGAAACUGGUUUUGGGUUUAAUGUACGCGGUCAAGUUAGUGAAGGUGGACAAUUACGUAGUAUCAAUGGUGAACUAUAUGCACCCCUUCAGCAUGUCAGUGCUGUUUUGCCACAUGGUGCUGCUGAAAAAGCUGGAGUUAGAAAAGGAGAUAGGAUUUUAGAAGUAAAUAAUAUUAAUGUCGAGGGAGCGACUCACAAGCAAGUUGUUGAUUUAAUUAAAUCAGGCGGUGAUGUACUGACAUUGACCGUUAUUUCGGUAACUCCGCAAGAAGCUGAACGAUUGGAGCCAUGUGAAGAUUUAAGUUACGCCUCAAUAGACUACAGUGAAAAAAGAUCACUCCCAAUAAGCAUUCCAGACUACCAUGUCCGCGAACGUAAGCACGAGCGCUACGUGGUGUUCAACAUCUACAUGGCGGGCCGCCUGCUCUGUUCCCGGCGCUACCGUGAAUUCGCAGCGCUCCACAUGGCUCUUAAGAAAGAGUUUAUUGGCUUCAACUUCCCCAAGCUUCCAGGCAAGUGGCCGUUUCAAUUAAGCGAGCAGCAACUGGACGCGCGACGGCGCGCCCUAGAACUCUACUUGGAAAAAACUUGCGCUGUCCGGGUGAUCAACGAGAGCGACGCGAUGCAAGAGUUCCUCUACGGCCGCCUGGAAGACGACGGCGACCAAGGACUGUCAGCAGUUGACCUGAAGAUAGUUUUACCCGACCGGGAAUUUUUAACAGUGACUGUCCCGAAAGCGGCGAUCGCUAAAGACGUCUACGAGGUGAUCUGCAAUAAGAUAGGCUUGGAUAAUGACACUGCUAAAUACUUCUACCUGUUCGAGGAAGUGGAGUAUAAUUUUGAACGCAAGCUCCAACCUCAUGAGCAUCCUCACGCUCUUUACGUCGCUAAUUACUCCACAGCUAACAGAACCUGCUUGUCAAUCAGACGGUGGCUGUUCAACUUGACCCGGACUUCGUUGAGUGACCAGGCGCUCACUUGGAUCUUCUGGCAGACCAUUGAUGAAGUCAACCGCGGACAUAUCUUUGCUGGGGAACGACUUUAUCAGCUGAAGACUCUUCAAGACGCUUCCAGGAAACACGAGUACUUGAAACUGGCCCAGGAGCUUAAUGGGUACGGAGAUAUUGUCUUUCCUCAUUGUCCUUGUGACUCCAGAAAGGAGGGACAUGUUGUCGCUGCUGUGGGUGCUAAUUCCUUUAAGCUUCAUGCUGCUAAGGAGGAUGGAACUCUGGAGAGUCAGGUUGUGGAGUUCUUGUGGAAGAAUAUUACUAGGUGGGAAAUUGAUGAGGAAGGAAUGGCUUUUUGCUUUCAGUAUACUAGAUCUGAUAAUCGACCUCCUAGAUGGUUGAAGGUUUUUACUCCUUAUUAUAUAUAUCUUCAAGAUUGUUUCGACCGAAUAGCUGAAGAAGCUAAAUGGUUCAAAGGAAAAAAAUGA